GAUAUUUAAAAAAUAAAUUACAAUAGAAAUUCGAACAAAAAUUCAUAGGAUAGAAAUUCAAAAUUACAUCAUUGCGUCAUAGCAAAAAUUCCUUAAGAUGGCAUGUCUUGCAGCAAUUGCCUUCACUGCUGUGGUCCACUUAAUUUUUCGUACAUCAUUCUUUUUCACUCAGAGUUUGGACAAAUGCUCAAAAUCACCAGGUAUUUCCAGUUGGAUUUUCGUCAUUGCCUUGUUGGAUAUAUUAUCAGAUAUUAAAUUAUAUCCGUAUCGUUACGCGCAUUUGGGAAAAUGGAUCCAAAUCUCUGUUGAAAUUGUUAUGACAGUCUUGAUCACGGAAUUCAUAACAUUAGUUAUGUGGUGUACUUUCGAGCGUAUAAUCGGACGACUUACAAAGGCUUUACUUUUGGUUGUGGGUUUGGAUUUGAGUACCUAUCUGAAAUAUGAGAAAGUUAUUUUGGGUACGAUAACUACUGCUUUCAGUCUCUCCAUAUUAUGCUACGCUUUACAAGCUACCGAUCAUAUAUAUUUUGUGCAACUAAAAUGUAAGCGGUUUGCCAAGAAAGUUAAAGUGGAUUGCCUACAUUAUUGGUACAACUUAACAGGUGGUCCCAAAAUUUCUCGAAAUAAGAUGUACCAAUAUUAUUUAUGUGAUUCCGAUGACUAAUGAACUGAAAAAUUGGUCCUAAUUUCGAUGUGCAUAUGAACAUAUAUAUAUAACUAUACACGAAUAUAUAAGAGUAUAUAUUUAAGAAUCCUCAAUUUGCUGAAU